UCUCUGUGACAGCCUGACUGACUGAUAGCAGCAGCAGUAGUACAUUCACUGUCUCUACGUGCAGGCAUAAUAAACUGUAUUUUAAUUGAUGCUAAUUUAAUUAUUAUUUUAGUUAUAAUUUGCUACUUGACUCCACAGGUUCUUCAGGUUUUAUAGAGACUCAUAGCGACCGGACGGAGAACAGCAGCCGUUAAACUCCCAUGAACUGACCUGACAGCCUGUCCAGCCAGGUAACUUAACGCGCAGACUGUGAACGGUGGGACAAGGUGGAAACUCUGGGGAGUUUUAGGUUUGUCUCCCCAUGACAACGUGUCACCAUGGUGACUGCGGCUCCAACAGUGAUGCCGAGCGGCGCACCUCUGAUGAUGAAGCCAAUAUGGAGGAUGCAGAGCUCUCUGAGCUUGGGCCGCUGCUGACAAGUCCAGCCAACACAGAAGAAUCCAGAGGUGUAUCAACAUCUCCUGAUGAAAAUGAAGAUGAAAAGGAAGGAGGAGGUUUGCGGGUGGUUACACUGCCCAUGCAAGCACAUCAUGCCAUGGAGAAGAUGGAGGAGUUCGUGCAUAAGAUAUGGGAGGGACAUUGGCGAGUAAUACCAUACCAUCUCCUCCCCGACUGGUUAAAGGACAAUGAUUACCUUCUGCAUGGGCAUCGUCCACCCAUGCCGUCCUUCCGAGCCUGUUUCGGGAGCAUCUUCAGGAUUCAUACUGAAACUGGAAACAUCUGGACACACCUGCUGGGCUUAAUUCUGUUCCUUUGCUUGGGCACACUAACAAUGCUGCGGCCCAACGUGUCAUUCAUGGCACCCGUGCAGGAGAAGGUGGUGUUUGGCAUGUUUUUCCUGGGUGCAGUGCUUUGUUUGUGCUUCUCCUGGCUUUUUCACACAGUCUACUGCCAUUCUGAGAAGGUCUCCAGAACUUUCUCCAAGUUGGAUUACUCUGGUAUCGCACUGUUGAUCAUGGGCUCAUUCGUCCCGUGGCUCUACUACUCCUUUUACUGCUCUCCUCAGCCGCGGCUCAUCUAUCUGUCUGUCGUAUGUGUUCUGGGUGUCGCUGCGAUCAUUGUGGCUCAAUGGGACCGAUUCGCCACCCCUCGCCACCGAUCCACACGUGCAGGUGUUUUCCUGGGCCUCGGUCUGAGCGGACUUGUUCCCACAAUGCACUUUACCAUAGCUGAGGGUUUUGUGAAGGCGACGACAGUGGGUCAGAUGGGCUGGUUCUAUCUGAUGGGGGCCAUGUACAUCAGUGGAGCAGCACUGUACGCAGCACGGAUACCUGAACGUUACUUCCCUGGAAAAUGUGACAUCUGGUUUCAGUCUCAUCAGAUAUUCCAUGUUCUGGUGGUUGCAGCAGCGUUUGUCCAUUUCUAUGGGAUCUCAAACCUGCAGGAGUUUCGCUAUGGUCUGGAAGGAGGCUGCACAGACGACACUCUGCUGUAAAAAAGUAAAAAAGAAAACAAAUCACUUGAACUUUGGCCAGUGCCUGCUCACUUCACAAUGAACCUAGACCCGACACAGUGCUGAUUUCCAACUUUUUAUUAUACCUGAAGGAUUUUAACAUGUAUUUGAAUAAGAUGUUUAUUUCUUAAGAUGCUUAACAUUUCUUGAUAAAUGAGGUAGUCUUGUGUUUAUAUUGUUCUUUACUAUUUCAAUACAGCACAGCAAUUAUUGUAAAUCACUGGAAUGAGUCAUAUAGUAUUACAGAGGAGACAAUACCCUCAACACUUUUUCUUUUCUCUCCUUCAUCUAUUAAGUGGUUUUUCAUCAAGGACUUCAUUUACUGGUUUGUGGUUCUUUACUUUCUGAGACUUUAAGGGAAGACGCAUUUGAACAUGCUUUGGUCUCGGUUGUCUCAAACAUGUCUGCAUGAUCAUUUAUUAACUUUUGACCUGAAAUGUUUGACCCAGGGCUUCAGCAGUGGGAUACAGAUCCGGGCACAUGCUGUUUUAUCUUUUGUUUGAGUGAAUCAGAGUUUCAGUCCAGGUUACUUGCCGUGGUUUUGGAGGUCAAAGAAGUCAAGAUAUUUAAAAUGAGCAGAAUAAAGAUGAAACUCAGAAUUGUA